AUGCGUUCCUUCCAACUGUUUCCCGGUUACCCACGGCAAGCCAAUAAGCAUCUCAUCAAUUACCUGCAAAUCAAUACGACCCACCGAAAUUUGGUUGGCUGGACUGACCUUCGAAUGUGUCAGCGCAGCGUUUCGAUUGGAACAGAAGAGGUUGAGGGGAAUGACGAUUUCAUUGGCCAGCUACAGGAAGCAUCUCCUGUUGCCCUGUUUUGUCCACGUGACUACAGAGUGCGUCGAAGUAUUGUAAUCUUGGGACAACGGGGACUGAGAAAGUGUGUCGUACUGAAGCAUAUUUGGGCCAAGGCGCCGGAAACGUUUUUCAACACAACCUAUUUUGCUGACGAGAUCAUAUUUGUGACUGGGGCAAUAUGGCCGCUUGCACUCAGCGGCCUUGAGGACGCGUACAAGAGCAUUAAAAAGUCAGUGGGGAUGCACACCGAAACCUCCGACGGGAAUUCGUUGCAGCACCGAGUUGCUGCUAAAAGUGAUUCCACGGCUGCAGCCUAUCGGCGUCUGCCACAAACUCCACGCCGAAAUAACCCACGGUUAUCAAGCGACCUCCUCUCUUGUGCGCGCAGAACUGUCAAGAGCGGUAGAAUACCGAUUGCAGUGAUUGGCCCAUCUGUGUUAUCCGAAUGGCGCGCCUCAGCAGAAUUGGCCGCAUUCGUUGUGCUGCUUCAACCAGCAGGAGUCAAGGACUUCGCGCUCGCCGCACCACAGGACGUCGACAUCUGCCUAACCCACACCCCGGGCGAUCCUGCCAAGACGGCGAGCACGAUUGUGGAGGCUUUCGAAAGCAUCAACACGGGUUGUGGUCGGAGCGCCAUUCCAUGGAUUCCAGCCUCGUGGAUCUCCACAAAUCCCCGUCCAAUAUCCAGUGUUUGA